CACCGACUAACAACUCGCAAUCAUGUUGGCUGUUUAUGCACUAUCCGCCGUCUAUUUGUCUCUGUCCGUCUUCACCGUCGCCUUCACCGAAUCCACCGUCGCGGACGACGCCGGAAACUCUCGGGAAGUAAAUAGAAGUUUUUCUUUUACAUGCCGUCACGUCAAUCGUAAAAAAAAAUAGAUUCCUUUGAAAGUGAUAAUGGAAUUGAAUCAAGUAACAAAUGUUUCAGAACUGUUUAUUAAAUUCAUGCCAGACACAAAUAUGAAUGAUGCUCAAAAACUUUAUACCACCAUAGGUUUCCAAAAUCGUAAUGCAUAUAGCACGGAAAUAAAAACAACGUUAAUACCUAAAGCGGCAAGCUGUUCUAUUGAACUUCAAACGAUCUGUCUUAAAGACACUGAUGAUCUUAGUUCAUAUUAUUAUCCAAUGUGUACUCGAGUAAACCGAUGUGGAGGUUGCUGCGGACAUGAUUUAUUGGCAUGUCGACCAACUAAAAUCGAAAUCCUCAACUUCGAAGUUAUAGUUUUACAGUAUAAAGGAUCGCAGGAAUCGGGGAAAUUUGAAUUUAAAGGUCUAAAAUCAGUGUCAGUAGACCAACAUUUGAAUUGCAAGUGCGAUUGUAUUAUUGAAAAAGAAAAUUGCACACCUUUACAAAUAUAUAAUCCUAACGAAUGCGGUUGUAUGUGCACCAAUGAAGAAGAUCGUCAUGAGUGUCAUGAUGAAUAUGGGUUAAAAUUGUGGAAUUCAACAGCUUGUACGUGCCGAUCAUUGUAACUGAAGAAUAUACUUCAGGACUUAACAGUGUUAUGCUUGCGAGUAAACUUGAGUUUUUAAACUAUCUGUUUAAGACUUUAUUCAAAGUUACAAUGUAUAUAUAUUUCAGGUGGAAGCUAAUUAUAAACAAACACAAACAAAUGAAAAAUUAAAUAAGCUUACUGAACA